AUGAGGAACAAAUUAAUUGACAAUCUGAUCUCUCAAGACAAUGUCUACAAUCUCAUCGAAAGUGCUUUUCAAGACCCACCCGAUGGGGCAGCAGUUCAAAGAAUGGCCGCGAUUCUCGGGUCCCACGUUCAUCUCCACCAGUACCUCGUCACCUUCAAACAGCCCAAACAUCUCUUGCCUUACGUCAUCCACGUCUUCGGUGGCAGUGACAAGGCCUUCCAGUGCAUCGACAAAGCACUGCUGGGAGAUCUCUGGUCCAUCUACCGAAUUGCCAAAUGCAUGGCAUUCGAUUUGAAGGCCACAGUGCGUCUGCUCACGAGCAUUGAAAGGACAGUUGGUGCUGCCACUUCGUGUCUCACCACCACACCAUGCCACUUUCACUAUGUGGAAGACUUCAUCAAUCUGCUGUUGAGGCGAGAGUGGACUGAGACGGAUUUGGUGGAACUGGCGAAUGGACGGUAUGAGCAGAAUCUCAAGCAGGGUGAGAAACCAAACCAGAAUCCCCUCCUCACUGUGGCCGCAAGAAUGUGA